AUGGCCGCCUACUGGCGAUGGCAGAAGAAAGCAAAAGGGCGCAAGAGAGGCGGCUACAUCCUAUGUCGCCUCCUUUCUCAUGACCCAGAUCAGAAGUCAGCCUGGGUGCACAACGGCAACUCGACCGUCCAAGUGACCUAUGAACAGCUGCGUCCUGCCUUUGGCAUUGAGAACUGGUGUCCUUCCUCCGAAGACAUCCAGAUCUUGAAGAACGGUGCACAGCAACUGCAGCAAGGACUCGGGGGUGAUGAACGUGGACCUGGACCUCCUGCUGAUGAACCAGUACUACCAGAAGUGGCGCAUGAACAAGCACCUGAACUGGCAGACCUCGUCAUGCCACUUGUCCCAAGCGCUUCAACACCUGCUUCAGCGUUAGCGACGCCGGCGCUUCCGACGGGAUCAAUGCUUCCUGAGCCGGCUCAACCACCGGCGUACUCACCGACCUUCAGGCAGAAGAACAUCCAGAUCAACUUCGGGGCUCAACGCACGCCCCUCGGAAUGCAUGAGAUGAGUCACCCAUAUGCAGCACCCUCCAGUGGAAACUACGAUGCACUUCCUCCCGAAGUACCUCAACCGGUACUACAUGCGCCCGAUGUUCCGGUACCUCCAGACACAGAACCGGUACCAGCACUUCUACCAGUUCCAGCCUUGGGAGAAGAGCGGCCAAUGACUGAUCAACUGGCAACACAAGAUCCGCCUGACGCAGAGCUGACCUUGGAACAACAGCUUCACCGUGACCUCAACACCGGCGAAGCCCUACCCAAGGUGCCUCGGACCUUCGCAUCUCGAGGAUGUCCACAACAGCUCACACUACCUCCUGACGGAUGGGAUGGCUCUCCUCUACUUGAACUACCAGAGACCUCCUAUGUCUUCCGGGAGUAUGUGCAGGGCAAGGACCUGCGAUGGACACCCACCACGGUGAUGUGGGCCGACGGACUCACGAAGUCCGCUCCUGAACUUUUGAGCCUUUUUCAAGCAUGGCUCAG